AUGAAGAGCGGCAAGGCUUCGGGUCCCUCAGAAGUCAUCUCAGAAAUGUUCAAGAUUGCUGACCAGGGUUCUGCUACGUUGUGCUCGGUAUUCAACAACAUCAUGAGAAACGACAUAACUCCUGAUAAGUGGGCCGAGAGCAUCACAAUACCCUUAAACAAGGGCAAGGGUGAUGCUUUGGAGUGUGGCAAAUACAGAGGACUCAGGCUAUUGGAGCAUGGCAUGAAGAUUUGGGAGCGUAUUCUAAUGCGCAGGCUGGGUGACCGCAUCAAGAUCAGCCUACAACAGUUGGGCUUCGCUGACGGAAAUUCCACAACCGACGCUAUCUUCAUUGCUCGCCAAUUGCAGGAGAAGUAUUUGCAGAACAAGAAAGAGCUCUACCACAUCUUUGUAGACCUAGAGAAGGCCUUUGAUAAGGUUCCACGUCAGGCUGUAUCAUGGGCACUCAGAAGGCAAAUGGUACCAGAAUACCUGGUCAAAGCAGUAAUGGGCCUGUACACUAACUCUUCGUCUCGAAUAAGCUCGGUAGAUAAGCAAAGAUCAAAAAGAUGUGCUAGGCUCCAACUUCAUCAAAGAUGCCGGAGGACAAUUAAAGUGGAACCUGCUGAAGUGCAGGAAAGAUGGAGAGGUUAUUUUGAAGAUCUAUUGAACAGGGAAAACCAAAAUAAACUUGAGGAAACCCCUGCAGUACAUGGUCCACUAGAAAGGGUCACAAAAGCAGAAGUAUCUCUGGCACUGAAACACAUGAAGAGCGGCAAGGCUUCGGGUCCCUCAGAAGUCAUCUCAGAAAUGUUCAAGAUUGCUGACCAGGGUUCUGCUACGUUGUGCUCGGUAUUCAACAACAUCAUGAGAAACGACAUAACUCCUGAUAAGUGGGCCGAGAGCAUCACAAUACCCUUAAACAAGGGCAAGGGUGAUGCUUUGGAGUGUGGCAAAUACAGAGGACUCAGGCUAUUGGAGCAUGGCAUGAAGAUUUGGGAGCGUAUUCUAAUGCGCAGGCUGGGUGACCGCAUCAAGAUCAGCCUACAACAGUUGGGUUUCGCUGACGGAAAUUCCACAACCGACGCUAUCUUCAUUGCUCGCCAAUUGCAGGAGAAGUAUUUGCAGAACAAGAAAGAGCUCUACCACAUCUUUGUAGACCUAGAGAAGGCCUUUGAUAAGGUUCCACGUCAGGCUGUAUCAUGGGCACUCAGAAGGCAAAUGGUACCAGAAUACCUGGUCAAAGCAGUAAUGGGCCUGUACACUAACUCUUCGUCUCGAAUUGUGAUGGAAGAAGCCACCAAAGAGGUACGGAUAGGUGACCCUUGGGAGCUGUUAUAUGCUGAUGACCUGGUGUUGUCAGCGGACUCUAAGGAAGGUGUUACAAAAAUGUUCAAAGACAAAUAG